ACAUGUUGUGUGUUGUUGUGGAGCAGCUACCGGUUACCUGCAGCUAAUUUAGCACUCCUGAACCGCCAAAACAUAAACACAGUGGAUUUUUUUGUUUGUUUGUAAAUGGACGGUGUACCUUGCCUUCGUGUGUCUCAGUGUCACGCGCAGCAGUUCAGGAGAUGUCUGCAGUUCAGUGGAGCUCUUGACCUGAAUUUGUGUCUGCUGAAAAACUCAGAUGGGACAGUCCUCUUGCCCAUUUUACCAUCCUGUCUGUCACAACUUGAUCUGCACUCUCUCAGAAGCAGGGUGGCUUCAGACAGUGCUUGUGAAAUAGUUUGGAGUCAGUCUACUCUGCAGUCAAAGAGAGAGAGGGGAAAGACAGAUGGGGGUAAACUUGAGAAAAUCCUCCAGGAGCUGACGGAGUCUCAUGGUGAAAGAUGGACACAGGAGAUGAAGAGGGACCUCCCUCGCAGCUUCCAGAGGCAUGGAGACUUAGUCCUGCUGGGAGAUGGCUCUUUCUCCCUGCCACUAUGGAAGAAAAUGGAUCAACAGCUAUGGAGCGCAGUGGCGAAAGGGUUGGCAGCAAAGCGUUUGGCAAAGAUGAGUCGAAUAUCCAAGGAUGGAUUUAGAUCUCCUGUGGUGACGAUGCUGUUAGGAGAGCACAGCUGGGUCAAACAUGUGGACAAUGGUAUUAGGUAUGAGUUUGAUGUUACCAAAUGUAUGUUCUCAGCUGGAAACAUAACAGAGAAGCUCCGGGUAGCUGGAUUUGACUGCAGAGGGGAGACUGUGGUAGAUUUAUAUGCAGGUAUCGGAUACUUCACUCUCCCAUAUCUGGUCCAUGCGGGGGCCAGUCAUGUUCACGCCUGCGAGUGGAACCCUGAUGCUGUUGAAGCUUUACAGAAAAAUCUUGAGGCAAAUGGAGUGUCUGACCGCUGCACGAUUCACCACGGAGACAACCGACAACUCCAGCUGUGUGACAUUGCUGACCGGGUGAAUCUGGGUCUCAUACCGAGCUCUGAGGACGGCUGGCCUGUCGCCUGUCGCCUGCUGAAGAGAACAACUGGUGGCAUUUUGCACAUUCACCAGAACGUUACCUCUCCAUUACCGAACACUGCAGCCAUUCCAUCUAUCAAUGACGCCACCCAGAGGGUUUCUGGGAAGAAAGCUGACAGAGAGGUGUGGCAGGCCUGGGCUGAUGACACAGCAAACCGCAUCACUUGUCUUUUAAGGGACAUCACUGGUGCAUUGUGGAAAACAAACAUCCAGCACAUAGAGCAUGUUAAGUCAUAUGCACCUCGUGUUCACCAUGUUGUGCUAGACUUGGACUGUAGACCGUCCUGAGCUGAAGAGAUGAACACAGAUACAGAGUGGACACAGCGGCUCUGAACAGUUUAAUGUACUAAAGUAGAUUUUUUCCAGAGAGGAAAAAGCCAAACACAACACCAGCUGAUUUCUAUGAUUAUGAUUAUUUCAUUUGUCAGUUAGUGAAAUCAGCUGCUGCUGUAUUUUUAUAAACCUUUAUUUGUCCAGGGCAAUUGAGCGCAAAUGCUAUUUUAUUUUAGAAACGCCCAGACUCACACAUGCAAUUUUAAUCAAAUGUGGAAGCGGCCCAGCCAUACCUGAACCACGGCCUUAUCUGUUAGCCACUCGACAACUCUACGGGAGCGGGGGGGGGGGCACUUCACUGUUGUCAUAUACUCAUUGAAUUUCACUCUGGUGUUUGAUCCUCAGACCUCUUGUGGUUGGCUGAAAUGAAAAGGACACCAGGAAAUUACUCACAUCCACUGCUCCUGACUCGCAUCACUGUGCCACUUAAUUACAGGGACAUGCAAACUUAUUAAACUUCAAUAUUCUGUUAAACAUCAGGAUUCAUGUAGUUGGCAUGGUUGUAAAUGUUAACCUCUACAAUAAAUAACAUACA